AUGAGCUCACGAUACGCGCCCAAACAGAAUCCCGUCGAGCGGCGAAAGGGCGAGAGUGCGCUCAGCGAGUUUGCCGACUACGUACAGAAACAGCAAGCACUCCGGCGCCCCGGCCAAGCCGCCACCGUCCUCGAGGACCACGAUGAGUUGAGCAUUCUCGACGAGCUCGGCCUGUCAGACGACGCAAAACCUCACAUUCGGUUGAAGACGUUGCUCACCGACCCCGCCGAGGAGCAUGUUGCCGCAUUGGGCGAGCACAUCAAGGAGCGACUGGCUGAAGGUCAUGGCGAGGUCCUGUUCGAUGUUGGGCUUGAAGACAAUGGCGAGCCCAUGGGAUUCACCAAGGAGGACUGGGAAUUCGCCCUUGAGAGGAUAGGCGCUGUCGGCGAGCUGAUCAAAGCCGACUACAAGAUCCUGAUGACGAGGAAUGUCGGCGGCGACGUCGAAGUCGGCCCUCGAGACGCAAAGGACACCAGCCCCAGCGGCAAGAUGAUUAUAAGACAGCGACCCCAGGACGUGGACGAUGUCAUCGAGACUCGAAUCGCGGUGGUGGGCAAUGUCGAUGCCGGCAAGAGUACUAUGCUGGGAGUGCUUGUUAAAGGAGGGCUCGAUGACGGACGCGGCAAAGCGCGUGUCAAUCUUUUCCGCCACAAGCACGAGAUCGAGAGUGGACGUACCAGCUCAGUCGGCAUGGAGAUCAUGGGUUUCGACAGCAAAAGCGAGGUCGUUGUCUCAAACAUCGCUGGUCGCAAGCUGACCUGGGAAGAGAUUGGUCGUCGAUCUGCGAAAGUUAUCAGCUUCACGGACCUAGCGGGCCACGAACGCUAUCUGCGAACGACUGUGUUCGGUCUACUAUCCAGCGAGCCGAACUACUGCCUGCUGAUGGUCGCCGCAAACAAUGGUCUUGUCGGUAUGAGCAAAGAGCAUCUGGGUAUCGCCCUGGCAUUGAACGUGCCCGUCAUGGUUGUCAUCACCAAAGUCGACAUCUGCCCACCCCAGAUUCUCGAGCAGACCAUCACUCAGCUGAGUAAAAUCUUGAAGUCCCCUGGCGCUCGCAAAAUCCCUGUCUUCAUCAAGAACAGGGAGGAGUGCAUCAACACUGCUACACAAUUCGUCUCCCGGCGAAUCUGCCCCAUCUUCCAGGUAUCCAACGUCACAGGGUUCAACCUCGACCUUGUGCGCACCUUCUUGAACGUGCUACCUCACCACGGCAACUACGACAGCUCAUUGCCCCUCGAGUUUCACGUCAAUGACACCUUCUCCGUGCCAUUCGUUGGUACUGUUGUGUCAGGUGUCGUCAAAUCUGGCGAGAUUCACGCUGGCGAUACGAUCCUGGUUGGACCUGACGGCCUUGGUCAAUUUACCACAACAAAAGUGCGAUCCAUUGAGCGCAAGCGAAUACAGGUACCUGGAUGCUCUGCUGGCCAGUCCGCUAGUCUCGCGCUGCGAAACGUACGGCGGAAAGAUGUCAGGAAGGGCAUGGUCGUCCUGCACAAGUCUGACAAGCCUGACGAGAAGACCGGCAUCAUACCACAACCCAAGGUGUACCGCGAUUUUGUCGCUGAAGUGCUAAUUCUGUCGCACGCAACCACCAUCAAGACGAAGUAUCAGGCGAUGCUACAUGUCGGUCCAGUCUCUCAGACAUGCGCUAUCAUCGACAUUGACCGCCAGUACAUUCGCACUGGUGACAGAGCGCAAGUCGCGUUCAGGUUCGUUCAGCGACCAGAGUACCUCACUGUUGGAGACCGCAUCUUGUUCCGUGAGGGCAGAACGAAAGGCCUCGGUAUCGUAAAGCAGGUUGGCUACGACCCGAAGAAGCCGUUGAGCCCAGAGCUGCAGAAGGAGCAGCAGGCGAAAGAACCAGGCGAGAAGAAGACUACUGCUGCAUGA